GUCCUAACAUACAGCCAAAUUGUCGUCCACACUUUACCAGAACAGAAAAGGGUUCAAAAACUUCAGUACCCCUCGUCCACAUUCCGAUUUUUUGUUUAAACCACUCUCUUGGCCUUCACCACUGGCCGCGCUCUCCGCCGACUGUUUCGUUUUCGUUGUUCCGGGUCAGUCGUGUUGCCUCAUCAAUGUCGACGACUGCAGAUCUCUUGUCAGCAUUUAAGAAGGAUUUGGAAAGUCUCAAGGAUAAUGAUAAAUAUAGGAUAAACGCCCUCACUAUCUUUGCUCGGGACCACAAAGAUGCUGCAGGAGUUGCUGAGAGCAUUGUUGAACUAACCCUGAAACAUGUACAAGUGGUGAGUUACUGGGUUUCCGAUUCGAUGUUUGUCCUGUGCAUAUUAGCACAGAUGAAAAUAAACCUAAUAAAAUUUCUUGUGAGUUUUGACCUUUUUGUAACAUAUGGGUGCUGGGUUUGGGCGAAGCGAUAAAUGAAUUGCUUAAGCGCUUAAUCUAGCGUUCGUAUGAGGUGUAUUUAUUGAUAGUCGUGUACCGAGCCUAGUGAGACAUUUUCGGGUUCCGUUCUAGACAUGCAAAGAAAUUAGAUGAUCCUAGAAUUUAGUUCACCUUUCAUUACAGAUACCGGCAGGAUUGAAGUUACUUGGCUUGUACGUAAUCGACUCUAUAGUUAAGAAUGUAGGCAUUCCCUACAGGAAACUGUACACUGCUAACAUUGUUGACGCGUUUGUACAUUCGUUUCAGUCGAUACGGGAUGAAAAAGGAAGGUUGAAGCUAUACAAUUUGCGGACAACGUGGAAGGAUAUAUUUCCUAACUCUAGAAUGUACGAACUAGAUAUACGAGUUCGUGAACACGAUCCAGCAUGGCCUCUGCUUGCCACCGCUCCUGAGGCCAAGACUGCUUUCAGAUCACUUCCCAGUGUUCCGAAGAUCCAAAACAAACCUGAAACCCCAGUCGUGAAAUCUGAAGAGAAGCCAGUCCAGCCUGCACCUAAUACGGUCAUCUCAGCAUCACGUGAUCCACGGCUUAACAGGAAAAGGAAGUCGUCUCCUAAAGAAUCCACUGUUUGCACAGAAGAGUUCCUCAUUGAUCGUUCUGGUGAUCAGAAAAUGGAGUCUAUCGCUCGAAAACAAGGGAAACAGGCAGCAUCCAGUGAGUUACCAAAAAAGGUUAUGUUAUUUGGCGGUGAGGACCGUGAUAUGCGUUCUCAGAAUAUGCUUUCACCCUCUCCUGCAAAAUCAUCAGCUUGGUCGGAUUACAUUGGCAAACAUAGCGAAGUUUGUUCACGGCGUGAUACAAAAGAUGUUGAUAUGAGAUUCGCACUUACAGAACCCCCACUUAGUACCACUACAAUUGACGCAGAUGCUGGUAGACUAUCGAAAUUACCGAUAGACCCACCAGUUUCCAGACAGCCUAUUGAGCCUGCUCCGAUGCUCCCGCCCGUCCCUAGAUUUGAUAAACCUCCAAAUGACUGCCUACCACCGAGUGACCUCUCUGCAGGGAAGGUCAUCAGUAACGCUAACACGGACGUUAAACCACAUGAGGAACCCUUAGCUUCGGAAAAUAUCCCACCGCGCAACCCUAAGGUGGGUAAUUUCCCUCCCAUGAAGGACCACCUACCACCACCGCGAGUGCCAAUAGAUCCGUAUAUGUCAGAUAUUCCCAGAGACAGACCACCUAUGACUCCGUCGUCAUUCCAACCUGUAAUACCACAUCACCGUGGUCCUCCAAUUCGAGGUCCUGUAUGGAGUGUUGAGAUCAAUGGUUUCCCGGACAUGGUGAAUAUUGGUGUUGAUCCCCGCAUGCUCAGUCUUGUUAGUCACCCCAAGCCACCCAGACGAAUAACUAUUGAUGGACAGCAGUUCACACUCUUAUUGGACAGGGUACAACCGCUAAUAGCAAUUGGAGAACGCAUCCACGCUGUAAGGUUUCGGUGUGAAUUUGCUACAGUUGUCAUCGAUGGUCGGUGUUUCAAUAUCCCUGGAACAGGCUUCACUAGAGUAGCCAUCGGACCUAGAUCUUACGUGGCAUACUUGGGCGGUCCGGGCCAUGAACUUGUCAUCGAUGGACGUCCACACACUGUCCCUACGACGUCGCAUUUGACUUUUAUAAAUGUUGGACUGCAUUCGGUUGGAGUGAAGUUCAUUGGGAAUGCACCAAAGAAUGUUAAUGUCUUACCACCCAUCCCUCCUCGCUUGCUCAAAUGGGCAGGUCAAGGGUUGUUUGGUUCACCUAAAAACUUAUUUAUGGCGCCACUUAAUCCUAUUAAAGAACUUACACGUUUGGCUGAGAACGGUAUCUGUCAAAGAAAUCGCGCCCAGUUUACCAACAGACCUAUGGGGAACGGUACACGACGAUCACCGAAUACAGCGGAAACUGCCAAUACGAACAACCAAUUGAGUAAUAAUAAUAAUAGUAACCAAUUGAGUAGUGCGAACGCUCCACAACCUGUCGCAGAUAGUUCUGAUACGACCACAAUUCCUGCCCCAAUCAAGGACGAAAGUUCGUCGAACCCAACUACUCAGCCUACAAUUGACGUUCAUGAGUUGUUCCAGAAAUUAGUGAAAGCUGGCAUAGUUCAGAGCACAGAGCCCGUUAAGAAGGCAGAACCUCCUGAACUAGGAAGUUACAGCUGGGAGCGUUUCAAAAACCCUUACAGUGUGGAGAUAGAUGCACUUUAUAAUGGUCACCAGUGCGGUCAGUGUGGUCUACGUUUCCAGAGUGAUUUAUCACCAGAAUUUGCUAAGCAUCUUGACUAUCACUAUGUGAAGAAUUCAACUUAUGGACAAGAAAGACGGAGUCGUAAUUUCUAUCAGCCUUUGCAGUAUUGGUUAAUCACAGACAUGACACGAGAAGGUGCUCCUCAAUUUGAACCUGGAAGUCCAAUUCACAAUUUGCAAGAGUACAAGUGCGCUGCAUUCGCAGAUCCCUCCAGAAAUGUGUGUGCUGUAUGCUACGAGAGCUUUGAAGUAGUUUGGGAUCACGAAGAAGAAGAAUGGAUGCUCCAAGAUGCUAUUCGAGUAGAUGAUAAGGUUUAUCAUCCUAUUUGUCAAGAAGAUGCAGGAAAAGAAUUCCUAGUUAAAGAGGAAAAGAAAUUCGAAUCACCUAAUCCCUCUGAUAAUACUGCAGAUGAUACAAAUUCGCCUUCAGAAAAUAAUAAAGAAGAUCCAGGCGAUGAAAAUGCAUUUACUUGUGAUGAUUUUACAACAAAUACAGUCGUUAUUCCUGGUCUUUCUCCAUGUCCGUCUCCAUCACAGUCCAAUACAGAAACUCCGGUGAAAUCGGAACCGGAAUGUGAAUUUGAUAAUUCCCCAGUCAUGAUAAAACCUGAACCGAUUUCAUGUAAUCCCGCAAUCAGUGCAGAUCCAUUAGCUGCAUUGAAAGCUGUUUUAAAAGGUGAUAUAUCCUCUCUCAGCUUACGACCUCAUUGACAAUUGGACUAAUGAUUAUUUUAAUCUUACCAUGUACAUAUUUAUAUACACACAUAUACUUACAUACCUACUACAGAUUUAUGCUCAUGCAUGUGUACGAUAACCUAGCGUGUAAAUAAAUUCAUUAUUGGCCAACAUUAUAUUCUCAUAAUGUAAUUUAAUGAAAUGUCUAGUGAUUUAACAAAUGCACGGUUCCUAAAUUA